CAUCGAAACUGAAUAAACUCUCGAAAGGAUUAAGCAAAAAUGGAUCAGCACAGUGCGGACAACUGCAGAUGCCACAAGCAAACGCAGCCGGCACAGCAGACGCUAAGCGAUAUGGACUUUGAUCGGGGCAUAUGGAAUGCAGCCAUCUAUAAUGAGGUAGAUCGUGUAAGGGAUUUCAUCAAGAAGGGCCAGGCCAUGGCGCGAGAUGACUGUGACUAUACGGCUCUGCAUUAUGCGGCACGCAGUGGCAACGCACAAAUCUGCAAGCUUCUCAUUGACGAGGGCAAAGUGGAUGUGAAUGCGGCGACCAAGGCGGGUGCCACAGCCCUCCAUCGGGCAGCCAUGAUGGGUCAUCUGGAUAUAGUGAAGCUCUUGACGGAACACAAGGCUAAUCUCCUGCUGCAGGAUGAGUGCGGGCAGAGCUCGCUGCAUCGUGCAGCAUUGCGUGGCCACCUGGAGGUUUGUCGCUACCUACUGGAGCAGGAGCCAGCACUGAAACAGCUCAAGGACAAGAAGGAUAAAUUUGCAUUUGAGUACAUCAUGGAGAAUGCGAAUGACGACUUCAAGCUACUGCUAAAGCCCUAAGGGGCGUCAUUCUGCAUACAAAUUACAAUAUCGUUUUCUUUUUAAUCUAAGAACAAAAAAGUUAAAUAUUUCUUUAAAACUCUGUAUUGUUUAUUAAGAAAGUCAACAUGUAUGUAUCGUUUUUUUCUAAAAUUGCAUUCGAUAUCUAAAAUUCUAAUUUACAAAUUGCAUGUGCAAUGUACCCUCUUGAGCUACGUUCCGUCAGAGAUACAAUAGAUUGUAUGUGGGCGAAAAGUAAUCUUAACUUUGGCAUAGUCAAAUAAAUAACCCAUAUAAAUAUCUA